AUGAGUGAUAUCGACAAUUUCAAGGAUCCCAUAUUGUCCCUAACUAGAUACCCCAACCUAACCAAAGACGAGGCCAAAUCGCUGCAAAUUGUUCACUUGAUUAAAGAAAUUUCCGAACGUCGAUUAAAUAAAUUAUGUUCAACCACAUACAUACUCUUGCAAACGUUGGACAAUAUCCAAUUGAAAUUGAAAUCAUGGGAGUUUUUAUCAUUGGAUUACAAUUCCAAUACACAUUUUGCCAAUGCUGACGAUAAAAUCAAGAUUUUCAAUACGGGAGUUGCUGAUAAGGUGAUGCAAGCAUGUAGUGAAUUGAAUUUCAAGUUGGCUAAGAUUUCUGCCGAUAUUGAUUUGAUUAGCAAGUCUUCAAGUACUUUGUCGGUGCUGGAUGUGAUUUCUGAUGAAGGAACAAUCUUGACGUCGUUGUUGUUGCGUGUUAUUAAAUUGAAAGAUGAAAUUAUUGAACAAUUGUCGAUUUCGUAUUCGAAAGCAAAGUUGAUUCUAAUUGGACGAGAUUUGGAGUUGUUGCAUCGUGAUGAUGCUAGUGAUAUUGAUAGCGAUAGCGAUAGCGAUAGCAACGAUGAUGACGAUGAUGAAGAUGGCACGGUGAAUUAUUACAAGACGUUUAUUGUAACGUUGUUGAAGCAGCUAAAUGAUGCAAUUCUAGCUAAUGAUUUUGAAUCGAAACAUGAAUGUCUUGCUGUAAUUAACGAUUUGGAAAAGAUGUUUGAAAAAUACAAGAUGGAAAAGAUGAUUGAUAAGAGGAUUAAAGAACACGAUCAAGAACAGCAUCAAUUACAAUUACAUCAACAGCAACAUCAUAAGCAACAACAACAACAACAGCAUGAUUAUCCCCAUGGAUCAACACCUAAAACCGAUUUACAUUUCGGAUUUGAUGAAGAUACUUCUUCCUCAUUAGGCAAAGAUUCACAGGGCUUAGAAGGAGGACUCGAAGAUACAUUUUCCGAAUACUCCAUGACAUCAUCCGCCGUAGCUGCAUUCCAAGGACAACUACCCAUGGUCCGUUCAAUAACUCAAAGCAAGGGUGGCAAAAUAGGCGUUAACGGUAGUACGGGAGUUUCUGACGAUAUUUAUGAUUAUGAAACAAACAGCAGUAGCAUGUACAAGUCUUCCAUCACUGAGGAAUUGCCAUAUUUGAGAACAGCAUUUCGUGCUGCCAAGAAUUUUGAAAAUGACGUGAGCCAUUAUAAACAAGAGGUUGGAGUUGCGACUGAUGUCGGUGGCGAUGACAAUGGAUCAGAAAAGGAAAAUAGCGGGUCUGUAUCUAGUUCACGUCGGAAACGGAAACAACAAAAGAAGCAAAAGAAGAAACAAAAGCAGCAAUAUGAAGAAGAAGGAGGCGAGGAAGAUGAAGAUGAAGCAAAAUUGAAACAACCAUUUUUCCACAAGGUCAACAACUUGCCCCAAUCGUCACUAUACGCCGAGAGUAAAAUAUUGCAACCACAAACGCAAUUCUCGGCGCCAACCCCAUUUUUGAAUACCAAUAGUUUAUUAAGAACGUUGGGUAUACAACCACAAGUUAUUAAUGUGCCUUAUGAAAACACCAUGCUGAAUGGGCAUAACAGCAAUACGAAACAAAUCGAAGCAGAAACAAAAGAACAGCAUGAGAAGCAUCAACUGCAUCAACAAAAGUAUUUACCCUUAUCUGAAGAAAACGUUCUUCAUUUAAGUCAUGAAUAUAUUGACUAG